AUGGUUCUGCUGAUCCUGUUACUUCUGUCCAUUCUGGAAUCAGUUGACUGUAACUUGGCGUACAACAAACCAAUCCGAGCCAACAGUAUAUCAUAUACUGCCUCCGCAAAAUAUGUUGACGGUGACGAGACUACGUGUGAUGCUUCGCCAUUACUUUCUGAUGAUCCUCAAUGGGUAGUUAUUGAUUUAACUGGUCGAUAUGAUGUGACAGCUUUCCGUAUUAAGCUCAAUACAGUUGGAGCUGCAGGUGGUGCUUUUGAUAAUAUGACUGUGGAGAUAAUAGAAACGAACCCAUUUCUAGCAGCUAGCACAGAAAAACCGGUAUCGAGGCCUUGUCCUUGUCUCAGCCAGACCGCCAUUCCAGACCAUAAUACUUCUUGUCUCUCGAUAUGUACAGGUCGCUUCGUUCGUAUCCGAUCUCUUAACACCCUACGAACCGGAUAUUGUGAAAUCGAGAUUUAUGGAACCAAAAACACAGACCCUGUUAUAAGGUACGAAUUUACCAAGCAGGUCCAUGCAGUACAUAAUACUGCUCAAUAUUAUAAUGUAGCUAACGCCCAAUCCUGUGCUGAGAUUUGUGCAGUCAAUCCGUAUUGUAUGGGAUUACAGGUUGUAUCCAAUACUACCUGUCGCAUCUGGACCAGUAUACUUCAAGAUAGUUUGGACGAUAUCGGAGUCAGUUACGGUCUGACGCACAUCAUUACUACAUGUGACUGA